AUGGCUAAUUCUUUUCUAGAAAGCUUAGAGACAAUAUGGGAUGAGUGGAAUAUAAGAGCAGGUAUUAUAUUCAGUCUGCUGUUGCAAAUCUUUCUCAUACUAUUUGCUCCUUUUAGAAAACGGUCUUCAUCAAAGCUUGUGAUCAUGCUAAUAUGGUCUGCUUAUUUACUCGCGGAUGCAACCGCCAAUCUCACCAUAGGGUUAAUCUCCCACAGACAAAUCAACUCACAAAAGAGUGAUCUCGUAGCUUUCUGGGGUCCGUUCCUUUUACUUCAUCUUGGAGGGCCAGACACCAUAACUGCAUUCUCUCUAGAAGAUAACGAGUUUUGGCUCAGACAUUUGCUUCAUUUCAUUGUCCAAGCUUUUGCCACAGGUUAUGUGUUUCUCCAAACAUUUCCAGAAAAUAAGGUAAUGAUUCCAACACUUCUGCUGUUUGUUGCUGGGAGUAUUAAAUAUUUGGAACGCACUCGUUCUUUGUAUCUUUCCAGUAUGAACACAUGGCGAAGCUCUGUGUGGCAAUCUGAUUAUCAUUGGUGGUAUUAUAAACAUACUAUAAGACAAAAUAUGUUAAAAGAGGUGCAAAUGGCUUAUCGUUUGUUUCUAGAUUUGAAGUCAACAAUUGUUGAUUUGCCAUUUUGUCACAGUCUGCAACAAGUGAUCCCAGAGUACUUCAAUAGACUAUCUAAAAGAAAUGCUUUAAGGGUAAUGGAGAUUGAACUAAAUUUCUUUUAUGAAGCUUUGUUUACUAAGGCAGUUGUUAUCCAUUCUAAAUGGGGACGUUUUUUCCGUUUUAUUUCCUUUGCUUCAGUUGUUUCCGCUCUUGCAAUAUUUCAUUUUUCUGUUAAUAAGAAUGAUUUCAAUAAUACUCUUGAUGUUGAUUUAACAUACCUUUUGCUAUUUGGUGCUAUUGGUUUGGAUUUAAAAGCAGUCUUCAUGGCCAUUUUCUCUGAUUGGACUGCGGCUCAUCUGAAAAGAUCAGAUACUUUACGUGAAUCCGAUGCAAAUUAUCUCACUGGUUUAUUCAAUGCUUUGACAGUGAAAAUUUUCUUCAAAUAUCUCACUAUCAGGAGGGUUUUUUCUCGCCGGUGGUCUAACCGGAUUUCCGGCAAUAAUUUGAUUAGAUAUUGCCUGAAAGGGAGUCCAACAAGAAUCCAUGUUAGCAAUAAGCGUCGCCCAUAUGAUGAUCUUAUGCAGAUAAACACAAUAUUUCAGUUUUCUUUCAUUGAUAAAGUGAUAUAUUUCAUUGGCCUUAAAGACUUGGUAGAUGAGAUGAUAUAUGUUUCGAGUGAGCCAUUGACUAAGGAGCUCUGGGAAUUCAUUUAUGAUGACGUGAAAAGGAAAUUGGUUUCCUCCUGUUAUCCGGAGAGUGUAAAGGAGAUAUGUUCGUGUAGAGGAGAAUGGAUUCUCCGUCAUCAACAUGGCUUAAUGCCUUACAUUAAAGAUGUUUCUUUCGAUCAAAGCAUUUUGUUAUGGCAUAUUGCUACAGAGAUCUUGUACAAUACCGACGAAGAGAAUUCAAAUCCAAGUACAUAUGGGAACAGAGAAUUUAGUAAGAUCUUGUCUGAUUAUUUAUUCUACCUUUUGACCAUUCAACCAAAUUUGAUAGCCGUCGCAAUGGGUGUUAGGAAAAUAAGAAUCAAGAAAGUUUAUGUUGAGGUUGAAAGGUUAUUUAAAGCCAGAAAGUUGAGAUGGAAUGAAUUAAAGAAAGCUUGUCAAAGCAUUCUUGAUAUGGAGGAUAAUACAAUUAUGGAUCUAACAUCUAUUGCAUCGGAUUGGGCUGAGGGACGUUCCUACCGGUAUUUAGUACCUUAUGCAAGCAUUUUGGCUAAAGAGCUUAAGAAAUUGGAGGAGGAGCAGCACGAUAAAUGGCAGAUAAUGAGUAAGGUGUGGAUAGAAAUGUUGUGUUAUGGUGUUUGUCAUUGUAGACCAUAUAACCUUGUACAGCAAUUAACCAAAGGUGGAGAGUUUUUUACUUUUGUUUGGUUAUUGUUAACUCACUUUGGAAUUCUUGGAACAUGA